AUGAGGGGGGACGCUCCACAAAGAGGCAUGAAGACCUCAUGUCUGUGGGCUGCUGCUCUGCUGCUGUCAGUCAUCUCUCUGGUGACCAGUGCUGAUUCACCGAGCUCAAGAAACUCUAAUUUAAGAGAGAGCUCAAAAGCCAAAGUGAAGACCUACUGGACUGAAAGCAGCAAGGCUGUCUCCAUCAGCCGCCUGCUGUCUCAGACCCUCUACGGCAAAGAGAACUUCACCUCUCUGGAUCUAAACUAUGACGAGGCGGACACGUUCUCCAAACAGGAGCAGUGGAACUGGCUUUACAACACUUCCAACCCGCGCGACCCUCGAUCCAGAACGAAAAGGAGGCCCAUCGUCAAGACCGGAAAGUUCAAGAAGAUGUUCGGUUGGGGCGACUUCCAUUCCAACAUCAAAACGGUGAAGCUCAACCUUCUCAUCACUGGUAAAAUCGUGGAUCACGGAAAUGGGACAUUCAGCGUCUACUUCCGUCACAACUCCACAGGUCAAGGUAACGUCUCUGUGGGACUGGUUCCACCGACCAAAGCUGUGGAGUUCCAGGUCCACCAGCAGCACCAGCAGUUCCACCACCAUCACCAGCAGCAGCAGCAGCAGCAGCAGACGGCUCUGGAGACCAAGGACACCAAGCUGUUCAACUGCAGGGUGGAGUACGAGAAGGUGGAGAAGGGCACCAGGAACUCACUGUGUGCCCACGACCCCUCGCAGAGCUGCCCGCAGGAGCAGACGCAGAGCCACGUGUCCUGGCUGUGCUCCAAGCCCUUCAAAGUCAUCUGCAUCUUCAUCACCUUCUACAGCACCGACUACAAGCUGGUGCAGAAAGUGUGUCCAGACUACAACUACCACAGUGACACCCCCUACCUCCCCACCGGGUGAGCACGCAACCAGACGAGGACGAAAAUAAAAAAAUAAAAAAAGACGCAGAGACAGGCAGUCGGGUCCUGAGCGAUGCCAGAUUAUUUGAAUGAAAAUGGACUCAAGACACUUCAAACUUGAGAUGUUGACAGGCAUUAUUACAGCUAACAUAUCCUUGACGCAAGACUGAUAUUGCUCCAAUGAACAGACCUACCCCAAGGUCAUUAUGAGAGCAUUUAGGGAAGCAUUUAUAGGCUUGCAAUACUCAUAUUAUAUGCAUAGCUGCUUACAUCGAAAGGAAAU